AUGAUGGAAAACGAUCACUCGGCCGACGUCGAGCGCAGAUCAGCGGGCGCGAGAGCGGAGGAGACGUCGAGCGAACGAACGGAGAUGCGAUCUCGCGCGUCGCGCUCGACGAGGGGUGGACGUUGGACGCUCGCGGUGACGUGCGCGCUGGGCGCGCUGAGCGCGCGGGGCGCGAGGGCGCAGACGCCGCCGACGGACGCGGCGUGUGAUUAUUACAUGCAGGUUGGUGGCGCGGGAGAGGCGGCCUCGGGCGGUGGGACGUCGGAUGUGCCGUUUGGAUCGUUGGAAGAGGCGCAGCUCGCGUUGACGGCUGGGGACACCCUGUGCGUACGAGGCGGGCAGUAUCGGCUCAACACCUUCAUCGGGGCUGAGAUCUUGGUCAGAGGGAACGCGACGCAUCCGAUCACGAUUAAAGGCUUAAAAGGGAGCGAUGGGAAUUUACCGACAUUUCUCUUCAAGAGCGGCGUCGCGUUCGAUUUCCGAGGCGCCAAGUAUAUCAACUUUGAGAGCUUGGACGUGGACGGGAGCGCGUACAACGUGCCGCUCAGAGCCGUCUUGACCGCCAACUGGUGGCGAGACAAACCGUCACCUCGGGUUAAGAUUGGACAGACGUGCUUCAGAUUGCGCGAAAAUACGCGACAUGUCAACAUCUCGCACUGCGCGUGCCACGAUGUGCACAGUAAUGCGGUGAACGUCGUUGACGCCUACUACACGAGGAUAGCGCACAAUGCUUUUUACCGCAUUGGAUUUUAUCGGUUCAAAGGUGAAGUGGCCGCGGUGAAACGAACGUUCGUGAAGGCUUCGCAGGAAGUAGAGGAAGAUGGAUAUCGCUUAGACAUCGAGGGGAACGUGAUUUGGAACGUCGAGUCCCACUUGUACCAGCGCACGGAAAACGCCUCGACUGGGAACAUCUUGGAGACCAACGCUUUGAAUUUUGAUUCAGUGACGGACCUCGAUUCGAAGAUCCGAGUGCAAGGAAACCUCUUGGCUUUCAAUGGUGGUCCUGACCUGAAGUUCAAGAAUGCGCCGUACCUCGUCGUGAUGAGUAACACGAUGCAUGCGUCUCCUACGGUGGACUCGGUCAUGAUCUCGGACGGCACUUCCGACACCUCGAGGUUAAUCAUGAAGAAUAAUAUGUUCUUUGCGACUCAGUCGAGCAAGUCAGUGAUCGAUAUCGAUGUUUCGAUGUUGAACUCAACGAUUUCGGACGACGAUACGAUCCUAAAUAACUUUGUCAGCGGCGGUGGCGGGUUCGUAAACGGGACGCAAGCUGGCUUUUCCGUCAUCGAUGCGAGCGAGCCAGUAUUCGCGAACGUCAGCGCUGGUGAUUUCCGCAUCCUCUCCACGACGACGGGCGUCGAUGCGACAGACAUGCCGGGUGUGAGUGACAGCUCUCUGCUCAAAGUAGCCGAGUUAUUGGGGGACUUCAACAUUGGAACCGUCGCUGAGAGUGAAUGGUCAGCUGCGGGAGGUAUCCCUCACAAGAACAUCACACAAAUGUUGAUCUCCACAGCGCCUUCGUCUUACACAGACGUCACUUUUACGCAAACAAGUCGUGAUGUGGCAUUUAUCACCUUCCGCGAUCCUUUGGCUGAAGACGUGUUCACGUUUACUCUCAAUCAGGAGUACGCUCAAAGCCUCUUCGACCGCAACAUCUCCGCGUUGGUGGACACCACGCCCGCUGGACGAACGGAGCUCGAAGCGAGACUGGGGUCGAAGAGACGGCACAGGCGCGUACGCUCGCGAGUUCUAUCGUUAGGACAGGCGGACGAUGAAGAUAUGUCGGUACAAUCGGAGAAUGAAGAAAUGUAUUUGGAUGACACAGAGGCGGAUCGGGAAGUGUCAGAGGACCCGACGCUGGGAGAGAAUACGCAAGAAAUGGAAGAAUCGGAUGUUGGCUACCCGGCGAGCGAAGAUACGGAUGCGACACCGAUCGGCCAGACGAAGAGUAACAACUACCCAGCGAGUGGCUACCCAGCGAGUGGCUACCCAGCGAGUGGCUACCCAGCGAACAAUUAUCCGGCGAACAAUUAUCCGGCGAACAAUUAUCCGGCGAACAAUUAUCCGGCGAACAAUUAUCCGGCGAACAAUUAUCCGGCGAACAAUUAUCCGGCGAACAAUUAUCCGGCGAGGAGGGGAUACCCGGGGAACAAAUACCCAGGGAACAAAUACCCAGGGAGCCGUAGGGGCUACCCGAAUGGAUAUCCCGGGUCUGGUUACCCCGCUGAUGAAGCCAAGGAAAUUAGAGACGCCACGCACGAAGCAGUGAGUGCUAUCGCAAACGCUACGAGAGAGGCAACGGAUGAAAUCGCUCGAACAGAACAACAGGCGGUUCACAAUGCAACGCAUGCUAUCUCGGACGAAGUGCGCAACGCGACUGAUGCCAUCACGGACGCUUUGGACAUUCCAAAUCCGCCACCCCCAAAGGCACCAAGACCACCGCCGAAUCCGUCCCCGCCACCGCCGCCGCCGCCGUACCCAGGAACGGUGCAGCCACCGUCGCCGCCUAUGCCGCCAGCGCCGCCGAGAAUCGAUCCUGAAGGAGGGUUGAGGCGUGGACGAAUCGUCAUUCCGAUGAAGGACCCGCUCAGCAAUUUCUUGCUGGAGAGAAUAGAACAACAAAACGCCUCAUCCAUGAGUUUGGAUGAUCCGGAUGAAGAUGUCUCAGAAAUUGAAGACCUGGAGACGUCGUGUUACAAUCCGCCGAAAGCGUGUCCUACGAUAUUCCAUCUUUCACCAUACAGAGCGCAGCAGUUGGUGCAGAAUGUGCAGUCCUCCACGAGCACCCCCGAGGCGGCUCUCGCCGCGUCUUACGAUCGCGGUGCCAACACAAGAAAACGCUACGUGCGUGAGUACGAUCCGUACCAAUCCGUCGAUGAAGACGAUAGUCCUUACGGGCCUGAUCUUGAUCGGGCGUUCCUUGCCGCGCUUGGAAUGCAGAAGCAGUCUGCAUUCAAGUCGAGCGAAAUCAUCGCGCCGAUGGCAGUCGCUUUCGUGAUCGUAGCGGCUGUUGUUGCGGGUGAGAGGUUCAGCAAGCGUUCAAAGGGUGAGGAGCGCGCGUCUUUGCUGAUCAAUGCGGACAGAGAGUCAGAACAAAUGAAGACGACGAGAACAAGGCGCAAUAUUAUAGCGGCCUCGGCUCUGGCGGGUGUCUUCCUUGUCGCUGCGACGACGUCCACCGCUCCGGGUGCUGCGGCGAUGAAGCGCGCCAGGCAGGAAGUGACGCAGCUCGGAUCAAAACUUGCGGAUUGCGGUGGUAAGUUUUACGUCGUCAACAUGCCGUUCUCCUCGUGCGCUGUCAAGGGAAGUGAUAUCCCGCAGGGCGCUAGACCGUUCCCUCUUGAGGAUUUCAUCAAGUUCGAAUCAUUCGUCGUUGCGCGACUCAGUUGGGGCGGGUUUUGGUCAAUGAAGACGUCUGGUUACGAAGUGCGUUCUGCCGCUCGUGCCCAUGUUGUUGAGCAGCUUAAGGUGAAGAAUGAGCUAAAUAUCACGAAUGGAUUGAUGCAGUAUCACCGUCAGUGCUUGCGCACGAAGACGUGGUGUUUGGAAGAGGGGCGAGACAACGCGUGUUGCAGAGACAUGCCGGUGACACCCGCCGAGGCGCAACAGGAGGACGAGCUGACGUUUGACACGUACCACUCCAUCCUCCGCAACUUGUGUGGUUGUUCGCUUCUGAUGGAGAAGACUCCCGUCGGAUGCGGUCAAAUUGACAAGGAGGGUCGUGACUUGUACUGCGACAGGAUGCGCGUCCUGGGCCUCGACCAAGGACUCAAUUCUUGUUGCAACGCCCCGAAUCCGUUUAGAGUUCAAGAGUGUCUCUGCAGGGGAGAUGAUAGUAACUACUUGUCGUACACGUAA